CCUCUGCAUUGGACCUGCUGCAGUUCUGGAAAGAGGCAGCCCUGGUUGGGCCAGGCUUGGGGGAAGGCUUUGGGGCAGGAGCAGGGGACAGCACAGGCUUGGCCAUACUUGUAUCUCAGUGAUGCCCACCCUUUCAGUGUUCUUGGAUGUGCCCCUAGCCCAGAAGCUAGAGGGCAGCUUAUUAAAGACCUACAAGCAAGACGAUUGUCCUAACAAGAUGUUCCUGGCCUAUAAAGUCUGUAUGAGUAACAAAGGCCAGCCCUGGGUUUCUUCCGUGGUGCGCAAGACCCGACUGCAGAUUGCACAGGAUCCCUCUUUGAACUACGAGUACAUGCCAGUGAUGGGCAUGAAAUCAUUCAUCCAGGCCUCCUUGAAACUCCUCUUUGGAAGGCACAACCAAGUCAUUGUGGAGAACAGGGUAGGGGGUGUGCACACUGUUGGUGACAAUGGUGCCUUCCAACUUGGGGCCCAAUUCCUCAAAAUUUGGCAUCAAGAUUCUCAAGUAGUUUACAUUAUUUCUUCUAGAAAAGAGCCACAUGGACUCGUCUUCCAGGACAUGGGCUUUAAAGUUUCCGAAUACUCCUUCUGGGACCCCAAGAAGCUGCGCAUGGACCCCAACGUGCUUCUCAAUGUGGUGGAGCAGGCCCCACAUGGCUGUAUCUUCGUGAUCGGGAACACUGGUGACUGCAAGUUGACACAAAGUCAGUGGGCAAGGUUGAUGGCCAGCAUGAAGAGAAAGCAGAUAUUCCCAUUUUUUGACAUUCCCUAUCAAGGCUUAUCCACCGGGGACCUGGAAGAAGAUACUAAUUUCUUACAAUACUUUGUGUCUCAAGGCUUUGAGUUCUUCUGCAGCCAGUCCAUGUCCAAGACUUUUGGCAUCUAUGAUGAAGGAGUGGGGAUCCUGGUCGUGGUGGCACUCAACAACCAGCUCCUGCUAUGUGUCCUCUCCCAGCUGAUGACACUCACCCGGGCCCUGUGGCUAAACUCUCCCAGUAGGGGUGCUCGCAUUAUCACCUCCAUCCUCUGUAACCCUGCUCUUCAGGGAGAAUGGAAGCACAGCCUGAAAGGACUUGUAGAGGACAUCAUGCUGACCAAGGAAAAGGUGAAGGAGAAGCUCCGGCUCCUGGGAACCCCUGGUUCCUGGGAUCACAUCACGGACCAGAGUGGGCCCCAUAGCUACCUUGGACUCAACUAUUUCCUACGAACCAAUCCUCACUCCCUUCCUGUGGGAAAACAGAGGCAAUGCCAUAAAAACGAAUCAAGUACUGACACAGGCUACGACCUGGACGAAUCUCAAAGACACAAGGCUACGUGUAAGAAACCAGACACAAAAGGCCACAUAUUGUAUGAUUCCAUGUACAUGAAAUGCAAAUCUACAGAGACAGAAAGCAGAUUAGCGUUUGCCAGGGGCCGGGAAAGAGGAAUUGGACUGAUUGCUCAUAGGCAUGGGGUUUCUUUUUCGGGUGAUGGAAAUGUUCCGGCAUCAGUGGCGAUGGUUACACAACACAGCGAAGAUUAACCACUGCCCUGCACACUUGAACAUGGCUAAUUUUAUGUUAUGUG